AUGAAAAAUUUCCUCAGAAAACUUCACAUAGGAUCCAGCCACUCUGAGGAUUCAGAAGGUCCCACCUCAUUAUCAUCAUCAUCAUCAAAGGGUAGUAAUAGCAGGUUGAGUGAUGGCUCACCAAGCGUGAGGCUUUCGGUUUCCAAAUCCGAUCAUCAUAAUAAACCCUUUUCGGCUAUUUCUGGAUGGUUAAAUUCUGUCGCAAAGAGAGAUAAUCCAAGCCCACCGUCUUGUGCUAACGUGAAUAGACGUGAGAAAAUAAUGGAGCCUUCCGAUUCGGGGGGGAGUAGUAGUUUGGAUGCCGCUUUAGAUGUAGUGAGGCAUGAUUCGGGGUCCAACAACUCAAGGGAUCACGAUAUAGAGGAGGAGUAUCAAAUUCAGUUGGCCUUGGAGUUGAGUGCGAAGGAGGAUCCUGAGGCCGUUCAGAUUGAGGCUGUGAAACAGAUUAGUUUGGGAUCUUGCACGUCUGAAAACACACCGGCUGAGGUUGUGGCGUACAGAUAUUGGAAUUACAACGCCCUUAGCUAUGAUGACAAGAUUCUGGAUGGCUUCUAUGAUCUGUAUGGCAUAUUGACUGAAUCCGCUUCAUCUAGAAUGCCUUCCCUAGUUGAUUUGCAAGGAACGCCUGUGUCGCAUGAUAUUAGUUGGGAAGCCAUUCUUGUCAAUAGACAAGUUGACACCAAGUUGUUGAACCUUGAGCAGAAAGCCCUAGAAAUGGUUUCCAGAUUAAGGUCACAUUCUGCUAAUCAUGUGACACACAAAAUGGUCCAGAAGCUUGCUAACUUGGUAUCUGACCAUAUGGGGGGCCCUGUUGGUGAUCCUGACAGCAUAUUAAUAUCAUGGAGAAAUGUCAGUCAAACUCUGAAGGCAAAUGUUGGGAGCAUGGUCUUGCCUAUUGGUUCUUUAACAAUUGGAUUAGCUCGUCAUCGGGCAUUGCUGUUCAAGGUUUUGGCUGACAGUUUGGGAAUUCCUUGCCGCCUGGUAAAAGGACAGCAGUUUACUGGUUCCAAUGAUGUGGCCAUGAACUUUGUGAAAAUUGAUGGUGCAAGGGAAUACAUUGUCGAUUUGAUGGCCGACCCCGGCACACUCAUUCCAUCUGAUGUAGCAGAAGAUUCAUCAUCUCUUUCUACAAGCUCCAUGCCUAAAGAUGUUGUUACCCUUCCUUCAUCUAGUACCACACUCGACAGAAGAUCCCAAUUUACGGAGAAUAUCGCUGCGGGAAAAAAAUCAAUGCAUGGAGCUCCCAAGCACAAGCCCGAUGGUUCAAAAAAGCCAAAGGACAUGACGGAAAUCUCCCCCAAGCCCGUUCAUCCUUACGCACAUGCUCGAUCUCCUUCAUGGACCGAAGGCAUAAGCUCGCCAGCUGUCCGCAGGAUGAAAGUGAAAGAUGUUUCUCAAUACAUGAUCGACGCUGCAAAAGAGAACCCAAACUUGGCCCAAAAGCUCCAUGACGUCCUGCUCGAGAGCGGUGUUGUCGCUCCCCCUGACCUGUUCACCGAGGUGUACGCAAACAGUCCGCUCAACCCUUCUCAAGAACUCGAAGAGGAAAAAAAAGACAAACAAACGAGCGUGGGCCACAGAAACCCCGACCGAAACUUCCACCUCCCUCCACUGCCGCGCCCCAAGCAUCAGGAGCCAGCCGAGCAAGAUGUCCAUUCGGAUUCAGAGGCAGUGGGCCCCACAAAGUACCCUAGGAACGUCCCGGUGGCAGCAGCUGCUGCGGCUGCUGCAGCUGUGGUGGCUUCGUCUAUGGUUGUUGCUGCCGCGAAGGCGAGUGGCGACACAGGGCUGCAGCUUCCGGUGGGGGCUGCGGCCACGGCCACAGCAGCGGCAGUGGUGGCCACGACUGCAGCUGUUACGAAGCAGUAUGUUGAGGCACUUGAACCGGGCGGGGCUCAUUUGGUGGAAGCGGGAGAUGGGGAUGCUGCUGACAAUGCGGUUUGCGAGCAGGAGAGUGGUGGUCUGGGCGGGAAUUUGGAAGGGGAGAGAGUGUCGGACAGGUCGACAGGGAACGAGAGUUCGAAAUCCGAUGCCACGCUUGAUGAUGUGGCGGAUUGCGAGAUUCCGUUGGAGGAUAUCACCUUGGGUGAGCGUAUCGGGCUUGGAUCUUAUGGUGAGGUGUACCAUGGUGACUGGCAUGGAACUGAAGUUGCUGUAAAGAGGUUUCUUGACCAAGAUAUAACUGGUGAAUCUCUCGAGGAAUUCAAGAGUGAGGUCCGGAUCAUGAAAAGAGUCAGGCAUCCAAAUGUUGUUCUUUUUAUGGGAGCAGUUACUCGUCCUCCACAUCUUUCAAUUGUUACAGAAUUCCUUCCUAGAGGCAGUUUGUACAGACUACUUCAUCGCCCAAACAAUCAACUUGACGAGCGUAGGCGUUUGAGAAUGGCUCUUGAUGCAGCUAGAGGAAUGAAUUAUUUGCAUAACUGCACCCCAGUGAUUGUGCAUCGAGAUUUGAAGUCCCCAAAUCUUCUUGUUGAUAAGAACUGGGUUGUAAAGGUAUGUGAUUUUGGAUUAUCAAGAAUGAAGCACAACACAUUUCUUUCUUCAAGAUCGACUGCUGGGACGGCAGAGUGGAUGGCCCCGGAAGUGUUGAGAAACGAGCCAUCCAAUGAAAAGUGCGAUGUUUACAGCUUUGGGGUCAUACUAUGGGAGCUUUGUACUUUACGGCAGCCUUGGGGGGGUAUGAACCCCAUGCAAGUUGUUGGUGCUGUUGGUUUUCAACACCGUCGUCUUGAAAUACCAGAUGACGUGGAUCCAGCUAUUGCUGAUAUCAUCAUGAGAUGCUGGCAAACAGAUCCAAAUCUACGGCCAUCGUUUGCUGAAAUCAUGGCUGCCCUAAAACCACUUCAGAAGCCUAUAACCAGUUCACAAGCGCCAAAACCGAGCAGGAGACCUGAAAAGGCAUAG